UGUUUGGAUUCAGCGGUAUACAGGCACCCCUAUCUGCAAGAUUUGCUUUGAAAUAACAUCUUAUUUGAUACCUUCGGUGUCAUUGACCAUCUAAUAAGAAUAAUAUAUAUCCAUAAUAAUAUUUUAUUGGAAACGGGGUACCCAUACAGUAUUAAGGUAUAUAUAAGAGUUCUUGAGCAAUGGAGAAUCACCAAUCUCAUCAUGGCUUUCAGUCUAGUAGUAGCAGCUCUAGCAGCUCUUGUAGUUGUAUCCCAAUCUAAAAGUAUAAAUGACAUUGUGUCAUUUGAUCGCUUCCUGACAGAUCCUGAUGAAGAAUUAUCUCCUCGAGUUAUAGGUGGUAGGGAUGCUUUAGAGAAGGAAUUUCCAUGGAUGGUAGCACUUCAUUAUCAGGGUAAAUUUGUUUGCAGUUCAUUUUUGGUUACUCCAAAAGUAGUGAUGACUGCAGCCCAUUGUGUCGUUUUUGGUCGAGAUGUUGAAGAUCCUAAAAAAUACAAUGGAUACAUUGGAACAAUUAAUCGAGACGGACCCGAUUCAGAGCUUUUAUUCGACGAAAUUAUCGCUCAUAAGGAAUAUGGAUCAGGCACUGAAUAUGACAUUGCUUUGAUGAAGGUGAGAACUCCAGCUACUCUUUCCGAUAACAUCCAGACUGUCUGCUUACCCACCAAAGAUGCUUUAUUUGAAGACAUGACAGCCCAGGUUAUCGGAUGGGGAGUCUCUGAAAAGGGAGGACGAGAAUCAGCCAAGACUUUGCAAACUGCUACUGAAAACAUCCCAACUAAUUCCUUGUGCUCUUUUACUUAUGCUAUUUUGGGUAUUCCUGUUACCAGAAGACAUGUCUGUGCUGGCGGAGAACGAGACAAGGGCAUUUGCUUCGGUGACUCUGGUGGCCCUCUCGUGGCAUUGAAUGAAACCAAACCAGUGGCUAUUGGAGUUGCAUCUUUUGGUUCCUUUUUGGGUUGUGCAGCACCUCGAGUACCUGCUGUGUAUACUUCAACUGCAUCAUACACCGACUGGAUUAUGGAAAAUAUGGGAUCUGAUGCAGACGACCUCUGCUUUGUGAACAGAACUUCCGGAAGCACAAGACGAUGGUGGGGCUAGAAUACGAACGGGAAACAAAUUAAACUAGGAAUUUUGAAUUGAAUAUGGACUGAAUUAACUGUUGAAUACGUAUUUUUUUGUAGUAGAAAAGCAAUUUAUUUAUUUUGUUUGAAAUUUUGGUGAAUGAUUUCGACUUUGUUUUGUACAGUAUUUAUUGUGUUGCUUUUAUAUGGGAUGCUUGUUUGGUAAAUUAAUAAAUCUGCCUUGAUCGUA